AUGAAUCGUUUUGCUAUUGCUGAGAGCCUCAUCGGCGGCUUGGUCACCGUGAUGACUCCGGUUUCAUUGGCCUAUGUCUUCUGCCUAUGGUCAGGGCGAACGGUUCCCAAAAUCGAUCAUCGUGCAGUGGCAUCAACAUGGUCGUUUUGUUCAAAACUUCGCGAGGCUAAGAUUUUCAUCCCCAUUACCAGCCUCAGAUCAAAAUCAUCCAAGCACACUGUGCCCACGGCGAGCAUUCUCCCCGAAAAUAUCGCAGUCAGGCCAACGGCCUCGUUGAAGGCCAAACCUUCUUGGUUAAACCCAUUUUACAGGGCACCAAAGUUGCCACCAGGUCAAGUAUGUGCGCUUGUGGUUAUCAUGAUAAUCUGUUUUGCGGCCCUUGUUUGGCUCUUUGUACUUUUGACGAGGCGGCCGACAGUUAAUGGGCAGUUCGAUGGGCAGUCCGAAAAUUGUGAUACUCUUGAUGAGACACACAAACAGAUUGGAACGAAGUUCGAUAGCCUGAGCUCCUCGAUAGAAUCUCUCAACGAGAGGCAAGAAAAAGAAUCUAUUCCCAAGAAGCAGGAGAAAGCAUCCGCCGCCGAGAAGCAAAAAAGACACAAGUCUUCUUCCGGUUUCGAAAAGGAUGAUCAACAGCUGGGGAAGCUAAUCAAGAAAUUUGAAACUCAAGGUCAACAGAUGCAGUUUCAGUUCAGGUUUUCGGACACAGGCUCGCUCGAGUAUGAAUCCACGCCAGGCUCAUUUUCAACGAGGAAUGACCGAAUUCGGUCAGAAAGCCCACAGUUCAUCUUUCAGGCAGGAAGAGCCACCGAGCAGAAUGUUAAGCAGCGAGAAACCUUUCCCGAGGAGGAGCGACGCGAUGUAUAA